GUCUGUUUUAAAGAACCAAUGAACCGAAGGAAAGGACCUCGUCGUACCUCUCAUACUCAAAGGCAAGGUGAUCCAGCAGGAGAAAGGAGAUGGAAGAAUCAAAACCAAUGGCAAGACCAAGGGAGUGCACUAGUGAAGGAGGCACAGGAAACUGUGCAGAAGGGAACCUGCCAAACCAUGUGCCCUGCUCGAGAAAUGCAGGAGCGGGAGUCACAGAACCGGCUGCACCACUUCGAGAUGUUGGCAGGCACAGAAGGACAUCGUAAGCCCAGAGCAGACCCCUCUCGUAUUGUCAAGGAGUACUCCAGACCAGCAGCAGGCAAAGACUCAACAAACCCCUCUGACCUCCGUCCUCCUGCUGUGUUGCUGAAAACUGUGUGUUACCUUAUUGAUGAUAUUGCUGCAGCUCCAGCACUGCAACCUUGGUCUGAGGUUUACAGCUUUGUCUUCGAUCGGCUGCGUGGUGUGAAGCAGGACAUGAUCAUUCAGCGGGUGUCUGGAACCGAAUGUGUAGCGAUUCUGGAGAGGAUGGUCCGUUUCCUCAUAUAUGCUUCUUAUCGUCUUUGUGGUGAGCCUCUGCGCCUGUAUGAUCCAAAAAUCAAUGAGACACACCUCCAGGAAAAUCUGAGCUGGCUGUUGGACUGUUACGCCAGUGGAACAGGACCUCACACCAACCAAGAUGAGUUCCAGGCACUUGGUCUACUGUACAACUUAGGUUCACCUCGUGCCAUGCAGCACAUCAUGGAGCUUCCAGAGGAACUCCGUAGCAGUCCUGCCAUUAGUCUCGCUCUGUCAGUCAAUCAGGCUUUUCUUGAACGUAAUCCUGUUCGCCUUCUGCGAUUGGCCCAGAAGCUUAACUUCCUCCAAAGUUGUGCUCUCCACCGACACCUGGUGACAUGUCGCAAGGACCUGCUACUAAUAUACAGCCAUGGAUUCAGCAGCCGCAACUGUCGAUUUCCACUGGACAAACUGUGCCAGGUCUUGGCUUUGGACUGGUCACUCACAACCCAACUCUGCCAGACUUAUGGAGUUGAGAUUAAGGACAACCACGUGGUGUUCACCAAGACUGCAUUCACUGACCCCGAACAAGGAAAACUGCAAUGUUUACAGUAUCACAACAUAGUGGAGGAAAAACAGAAAGACCUCACUGUUAGGAGUAUUAUUCAUGGUUCCACUUAAUAUUCAGGAGAGGAGUGAUAAAUAAUCAAUUGUUUUAUUGAUUUUCAGAGGGAAAUGUAUGGCAUCAAGAUGAGGCCAGAUAACAUUGUGCAUGUAUGUGAAGUAUUGUAAGCGCAAGUGAAAUGUACCUGCAAAACUCCUUUUGCUCCUACAAACCUGUUUUUUGCUUUUACAAAAUGCUUUUUGCAUUUACAAAACUUUGUCUACAUUUACAAAACUUUUCUGCAGUUCCAAAACACUGUUCUGUGGUUACAAAACUUUUCUGUGGCUACAAAACAUUCUGGCUUCUUGUGGGAGAGUAGUUAGAUGAGAGGCGUGUCCAGACCUGGUCUAGACAGGAAGCAGUAUUAGUGGUGAUGGACAGACAUCGCCUCAUUCACUACAAUGGAGCGAUUGCAAAAGACCAUCGUAAUAUGUCUAUUUCACUGUAAGUAACACCAUUUAUUAAUAUGAAGUUGAGAGUGAAGUUGGUUCUGUUCUUGAAACCAGUUCAGAGAUCUGUAAACAGAACCAGUAUUGUUUACAGAACUCGGAACGAAGCCGUGCUCCAAGUUCCAAGCCCUGGCUCACAGCCGGUUCUGAGUAAGGCUCUCCAUCGGCUUGGGGCUCUGAGCCGGCAGCACCGUACACAUGAUGGAGAGCCUUACUUGGACCUGGAUCCGAGGUUCGUUUAAGUUACACGGCACUGCUGUGUGUGAGCCAGGACUCGGAGCUUAGAGCACGGUUUUGUUCUGAGUUACACAUUACGGUGGUACAUCGCAGCCGCUCUAUUGUUACGAAUGAGGUGAUGUCUGUCCAUCCCCACUAAUACUGCUUCCUGUCUAGACCAGGUCUGGACACACCUCUCAUCUAACCACUCCCCCACAAGAGGCCAGAAUGUUUUGUAAACACAGAAAAGUUUUGUAACCGCAGAAAAGUGUUUUGUAACUGCAGAAAAGUGUUUUGUAACUGCAGAAAAGUGUUUUGUAACUGCAGAAAAGUUUUGUAAAUGCAGACAAUGUUUUGUAAACGCAGAAAGUGUUUUUGUAAAAGCAAAAAACGGGUUUGUAGGAGCAAAAUAAGUUUUGUAGGUGCAUUUUUAAAAAGAAUUAUAUAUUUUUGGUUUACAAAACUUCACUUGUGCUUACAAUACUUCCUGUACGUGUACAAUGUUAUCUGGCCUCAUCUUGGCGCCAUUGAAUAUGUUGUUUGCCCAUUUCUCCACAUACUAAAUGUUCCAACCUUAGUGGAUCUUUUUGGGUGUGAUCCGCCUAUACUGUCCACCUUCAGUGUGUCUAGGUAACGAGUUGCUUUAGACCCUAUGAGAUGAAAACUGUUAAGGUUGCCUUCCCCAUAAUCAGGGCCAGGAGCUAAAAUGGGUCAUGGAACCUUUUUUAUUGAGUUGCCCAUUGGUAAGAAUAAGGUAAAACACAUACUUGUACAAUUAAGUACUUGGACUUGACCCACUUGAUGCUACUUUAUACUUAAAUAUUUUUAUUCCACCACAUUUAUGUGACACUAAGAGUUUAAGUCUUUACAUAAAGGCCUUUUCCUGUAGAAAAUUGAUCCAAAAUUGCCUCCACAGACAACAACAUUAGAACUGAAGCAUUUAAGAAAACCAGUAAUAUAUCUUUAUAUAAUAAACUAGACCUAUAAAAAGAGCUAUUUUGACAUUGGAAGAGUCAGUAAAAAUACAGAUUCUAUGGCAGUUGAUUUAAUACAUUUAAGUCAUUUAGAAAGAGCCAUUAGUCAACUGGUCAUUACAGUAGUCGAUGACUAGUCGACCACUGAAAUAGUCAUUAAUUCCAGUCCUACUUUGGACUACGCAUGUGCCACAAAAUGCUGUAAAUUUAUGUUUUGACAUGGACUAGGUGCCUGAAUUACUUAAUAUUAUAUUGAUGCCAUAUUGUGUAUUUUUGAGCGAGUCCUUGAAAAAUGAGUCAUAUCCCUACAACAGUCACAUAAUAAAACCACAAUAAAACAGUU